GGACAUGGACAUCGACGAGAUGGGCAUGGACAGGUUCGGCGGCAACUACUCGCGCCUGCAGGUGGACUUCCACCUGAAGCGCGAGGUGGGCCACUACAUCAUGGACUACUACGUGCCCUCCAUCCUGCUGGUCGUCGUCUCCUGGGUGUCCUUCUGGCUGGACCCCAACGCCGUCCCCGGCCGCACCACGCUGGGCACCAGCACCAUGCUGACGUUCAUCACGCUGACGCGCAACUCGGGCAGCCCCCUGCCGAAGGUGUCGUACAUCAAGGCGACCGAGAUUUGGUUCAUGGUGUGCACCGCCUUCAUCUUCGGCUCCCUCGUCGAGUUCGCCUUCGUCAACACCAUUUGGCGUCGAAAGAACAACGUGGAGCUCAAGAAGGUCAACACGAAGCACGUGCUGAGGUCAACGCUCACGCCGACCCUGCACCGUAAGCAGACCAUGAUGGAGCGGUGCAGGUCCUGCCCCGACAUGGUCGAGGAGGGACGCAAGCCGCAACCUGAGAUCUCCAUAUACGGCGCCACCAACACGCUGAGCGUGGGGUCACUCGAGUCCAUCCGCGACCCCUACGCGUCAACGUACACCCUGAGCUCGACGCUGGCCGCAGGCUCGACAGAGUCGACCCAGGACUGCCAGGACAUCGUCAUCCCCGUGCCAGGCUCAGGCGGCAGGGGUUACAAGGCGCAGAACAUGGCGCAAGCGGACGGGCUGAGCUCGCCCUCACCCUCGCCCCAGGGCUUCACCACCAUGACGCCGCAGCAGAUCGCGCAGUGGAUCGACCGGCGCAGCAGAGUCGUGUUCCCGGCCAGCUUCGUCGUCUUCAACGUCCUGUACUGGGGCUUCGUCUGGAUCUAGGCCCCGGGCCGGCACCGCGCAUCACCGAGCGGGGCGGGGUAGGAACAGGGAGGGGAGGGUAACUCGACUCGCCUACAGACUAUGCAGAAGUAGACGUCUCGAGAUGCCGACUGGACUGGCGCGGGCCGGGCGCAGAGGGACCUCCGCAGGCGUCUGCUCGACUAGACGCGUGCAGAGGUCCGUGUGCCCCGUCCGCGAUCGCGUUUUCCUAUGAAUUGGUUCCUUGAAUGCCCACUUAAAUGUUCCAUUGAAUUUCCUACAAGUAUUGUGAUAUGCCUUUCCUUGAUGAUGUAUGCUAGUGGAGCGUGCUGCGUUACCGUUCGAGUGUUUGCUGCCGUUGUUGUCCGGGCACCAGGCAGGCGCGGCCUGUUAUUGCCAACCGCCGCUGGUCGAGUCCUUCAGAGAGCGAGCAGCGAAUGAGAGAGGAGGAGCAUUUCCCUAUGAGACUGAAUAAUCAGGCCGAAUGAAUAUUUUUGUGAUCUUUGUUAUUAUUUUUUUCUGUCCUCUUCAGUAUUACCCCGAAAAAAACAUUGUCGAGUCAGAGUCAUAAUGCCGAUUCUGGUCUCAAAUGCUAGCAAAGGUAAAUGACAAUCUGAAUUCCUUCGAUUUAGAUUUAUUUCAGCAGAUUUGCUUUUAGUCGUCCUUCUUAUUCAGAAUUGCCAUGUUAACAAUUUUUUUUUCUCGUAUUAUAUUAUUAUUGUGAUUAGAGCUGCCUUCUCCUACUUUAUUUAAGUUUUGUAGGAUAUUUAUUUCUCAGUGUACAGUAUUUUUGGUAAGGCUAUGUAAGUUAUGUUAUUUUAAUCAGACUAUAUGGUUGUAUCGAAAUAUGAUAAUAUACUUCAUGUCAAGAAGCACAAAUCUCUUUGUUAUGAAAUAAAUAAUUUAAGGAUA